CUGCUGAGUUGUACGGUCAAAGUGAAAACACAGGCAGUUAUGAUGGCCAUUGUUGCUUGGGGCCGAAAAUGAUUCAAAUAUGUGAGAAGCCGGGUUAAAUGGGUGUCGUUCGCUUCAUGUAGAUCAUGGAAGAUUCAAGGGGUACAUCGGAUGAGCUUCGUGCCAUAUUUAAUCUUUGUGAUGAACAGAAAGAAGGCUAUAUCUCCACCCAACAUUUUACUAACUUGAUCAAGGAACAUCUCGGAGGAGGGGAGGAGGAGAUUGUGGUUGUUGUACAGUUUCUGGAUCCUGAUGGCAAUGGCAAGAUCACAUUUGAGGAAUUCUGUGAAGGAAUAAGACAAAUUUUAAAGAUUAAAGGAGAGUCUGACCUUCCUAUAGGUGCUAAACGUCUGAGUGGCAGCUUGAAUUAUCUCAGUGAAGAUACAUUAGUUCCUGAGGAAGAUAACAACAGCAAUGGGAAAAGGCAAGCAGUAUCGGGACAGGCGAGAGAACAAACUGAGACAAUCCAAACUCAGCUGUCCCAGGAGGCUGUCAUCAAAUGCACACGCCAGUAACCUGUACAACAGCAGCACUCACUCAGAUGAAAUAUUUGAUGAUAUUGAUGGCAACUUUGAUGAACUAAAUGAAAAGAUCCGCAAACUUGAGUCUCAGAUAGGAUUAUUAUCAGAAGGGCAGUUGAAAACUGACGACAAACACAACAAGUUAAAGGAUGAAAAUACAACUUUAAGAGAUAGAGUUCAUCAACUAGAAGAACAACUCCGAGAUGUUGAAGUAAAGUCUGCCACCCAGCUAACUCAAGAACAGCGAAGAUACAAAGAACAAAUGGCCAGGGCUGAGCGGGAGCGGUCCAUAGAGAUUGAAUCUCUGAAUCUUAGGUUACAACAUGUAGAAAAAGAAUAUCAAGAGGCCAAGGAAGAGGCUCCUAGGUUACGAGUAGAAUUAGAGAGAUUAAGAAGGGAUAAAGAAGACUUAGAAGAUAAACUUCUUGAAAGUCAGGGUGCUUACACAAGCUUACUAGAGGAUUACAAAAGACUACAGGAAAAAUAUCAACUCAGACAAGAGGAAUUUGAGCAUGAAAGAAGUGUUAGUGCCCAGAUGAUAGAAGAACUUAGUAAAGAAGUAGAUGAUCUCAGACGGUAUAAACAAGACGCAGAGAAGUGGAAGUUGCACAGAUCUUCCAGUCUUUCAGAGACAGAAGGAGGAAUAACCAAAGAAUUGGAAAAUGAAAUACAUAGACUCCAAGAAGAAAACAAAGCUCUCCAUGAAGUAAACGAUGACCUGAGUGCCCAAGUGAUGCAUCAUAGGAUAGCUGAGGGCCAGAGUCUUCUGAAUGGAACCAGAGAUGGACAGUCACUGGCAGCAGAGAUUGAGGAAUUGUCCAAAGAUGAGCUUAUGCAAGCCUUGAAAGACCAACGUGAUGUCAAUGCUGCACUGAGGGAAUAUGUAGAUAGGGUGUUAUUGUCUAUUAUUGAGAACAAUCCAUCCAUAUUGGAAAUCAAGCCAACGAAAAAAACCACAGAGAUGUUAAAGUUUCUGCAGAGUAAAUUCGGGGGUCGACAUCACUCCCACAGGGAAUCUGAAGCAAGAAUCAAGCUCCAGAAGGAAUUGUUUGCAUUUAAUAAGUGUACCUCUCAUGGAUUUCCGUCUCAUCCAAGUGCACUUGCAUAUGAUCCCAAGCUGAAACUCCUGGCCAUUGGCACCAAAAAUGGGGAAUUAAAAGUAUAUGGAAGCCCUGGAGUAGAGUUCUCUGGACAGCAUGCCACUGAUGCACCAGUCACCCAAGUACUCUUUCUACCUGGACAGGCUCGUCUCAUUACCCUGUGUGGUGAUAACACCCUCCACUUGUGGGAGAUCAACAUAGAAGAAGGAAAAUCUCUUCUGCAGAAAGUUAGAACGUUUGACCAGUUUGCCUCAGAUGGAGGAAAGCUGAAGACCGUGUCAUCUUGCUGCUUGACAGAGAAUGGAGAACAGUUGUUGUUGGGGACUGAAGGAGGCAAUAUCCACUUGCUUGAUGUCCUGUCCUUUAAGCUGCUCGACCAUAUUAUUUACCAAGAUGUUGUCAUGCAAAAUGUCCCAGACGACUUCAAAGUAAACCCAGGUGCCGUGGAAGCCAUUGCCCAGCAGCCAACUGAUCCUAACAAGUUUUUGAUUGGGUACAACAGAGGUCUGAUAGUAUUGUGGGACAACAAGGAAAGCAAUGCAGACCAAACCUACAACACGACCCAGCAAUUGGAGUCUGUUGCUUGGAACCGUGAUGGGGCGACCUUCAUGAGUGCUCAUGCUGAUGGCAGCUACAUUAUUUGGGGAACAGAUGACUCCACCAAACCAAAGGAGCAGGCCACUACACCAUAUGGACCUUUUCCAUGCAAAGCUGUCAACAAGAUCCAAUGGAAAAAAGCCAAAGCAGACAAUUUCAUCAUUUUCUCUGGUGGGAUGCCCCGUGCCAGCUAUGGGGACCGUCACACAGUCAGUGUCAUGCAAGGGACCAAUCAUGUGGUGUUUGACUUUACCUCUAAGGUGAUUGACUUUACUGUCCUCAGCUGCGGAGAUGAGCGUGCUGAUGACACAGAGGACAAGCCAGAAUAUGACGACCCCCACACCCUGGUGGUGCUUGCUGAAGAAGAGAUUGUCUUGGUAGACCUGCAGUCUGAGGGCUGGCCCACCUUCAAACAACCUUACCUGUCCAGCCUGCACUCGUCAGCCAUCACCUGCUCACAGGUGGUCACUGAUAUGCCAGAGGCUCUCUGGAACAAGAUUGCUGAUGCAGGGAAACAACAGCUGACCAACCUGUCAUCAAGGGAUUGGCCAAUUGGAGGUGGUAAGAACCUGGCAGAGGAUUCUUCUCUGACAAGAGACUUGCUGCUUACUGGGCAUGAAGAUGGAACAGUGCGUUUCUGGGACGCGUCCACCUCCUCCAUGUCUCUGAUGUACAAGAUGAGCACCACCCAGGUGUUUGGAGGAGAUGUCAGUCAAGCGGACCAGUCUGCUGCAGAUGGAGAGGAGGAAUGGCCACCUUUUAGAAAGGUUGGUUGUUUCGACCCGUACAGUGAUGAUCCUCGUUUGGGCAUCCAGCGCAUAGUGAUGUGUCCUCUCAGUGAGACACUGGUGGUCGCUGGGACAGCGGGUCAGGUGAUCCUCAUGCAGAUGGAGCGUGAAGAGAGAGAAACCGAGGUGAAGGCUGUCACCGUGAACAUAGUCAGUGACAGGGACAAUUUUGUGUGGAAGGGCCAUGAUGCAUUGCAGGUGAAGGAAGGGGAUAACAAGUUUGCUGCAGGCUUUCAGCCAUCUUGUGUGAUGCAGAUGUGGCCCCCUGCUGCAUGCACUGCCCUGGCUCUGCACUCAGAGUGGCAGUUGGUCACAGCUGGUACUGCUCAUGGAUUUGGUUUAUUUGAUUAUGCACAGAAAAAAGAAGUUGUAUCUAAGUGCACACUAAAUCCACAUGAUUUAACAGGCACAGGUGAGAGUGCCAUGUCAAGACGCAAGUCUUUCAAGAAGUCACUGCGUGAAUCAUUCCGCCGGCUACGCAAAGGCCGCAACAAGAAGGAGCCAAAGGCAUCCCCUGAAAAAGCAAAACCAGAGGAGAAGAAAGAGCAGAGUCCACAACCAACUACAGACCUAGAUGCUCCAGCUCCUGCUGCAGAGACGGCCCCAGCCACAGAGGGAGCUGCUGCUGCUGCCCCUGCUCCACCAGCUGCCGCUGCUGCCCCAGAGGAGCCCAAACCAGUGGAGAGGCAGAUUGAAGCAAGACCUGUUGACGACACAGCAGGGUCUAUGGUUCGAUGCCUCUACUUUGCUGAUACUUUCCUUAUCACACCUACAACCCACACUCCAACACUGUGGGCAGGUACAAACAAUGGCACAAUCUUUGUCUACAUGGUAACCAUCCCUGCCAAUGAUAAGAGGGAUUCUGAAGCAGUAUCAUCUACUCUAGCCAAAGAAAUUCACUUGAAACACAGAGCCCCUGUGCUGUCCAUUUGUGUGAUUGACCGCCAUGCAAACCCCCUCCCAGAGCCCCUGGAGGUACAGCAUGAGCGCGCCAAGGCCCCAGACAUGAAUGGCAAUCAUCAGUUGGUCAUAGCAUCUGAGGAACAGUUCAAGCUAUUUAGUCUGCCCCAGUUGAAAGCCUUGGGCAAGGAAAAAGUCACAGCACAUGAAGGAAGCAGAGUGCGUAAAGUGGGAUACAUCAACUUCAGGAGCAGAAGUGAUGAGAAUUACAGUGAAAACAAUAUUGUAUGUCUGACCAACCAGGGAGAGUUUGGUAUCUACACAAUUCCAAAUCUAAGGAGACAACUGAAAGCUAAUGCUAUGCGAAAAGAAGACAUCAAUGCAAUCCAGUCAUGUGUCUUCUCCAAGAAGGGUGAAGGGUUCUACUUGGGCUCCCCAUCAGAGUACAUCCGUUUUACUCUGUCAGCCCGCGAGAGCACAGAGCCCAUGUGUGCAGUGGAGUUACAGGAUGGUGUCAGACCAGCUCUUGUUGAACCAGAGCCUGAGCCAGAACCCGAACCAGAACCCGUGGCAGAGGCAGAACCCGAAGCUGCAGCUCCUGCUGAGGCAGAGGGAGAAGGUGCUGCUGCCAUCACAGAGCAGCAAGAAGGUGGUGAUGCACCAGCCGAGGGUGGCGAUGCACCAGCUACUAUCAAGAUAACCGAAACCACCACAGAGGAGACUGUAACAGAGAGUGGUGGUGUCACCAAAGUCACCACAACUACUGUGACAGAAACAUUAGAAACAUCAGCUGAUUGCUCUGCAGAUAUCACUGUUGACAGUAUCAAAGACUUUACAGAGCAGACUACAGAUUCUGGGGCCCCAGUCACAGAAGCGGCAGCAACAGGUGUAAACGCGGAUGAUGACACAAAAGCCGCUCAGGUCACUGAAGAGAGUAGUGAUGUAACCGAUUCCACAGAGCAACUAGAGGAGCUCAAGAUUCGUGAACCAGGAGAUGAGUGAGCAGUGUACAGGGAUAAUCUCUGCCAUAACAACAAGAUGGGAGGUUCCGUCUGCAAGAACCAGAACCACAAGGAACUGCCUUGAAGGACCACAAUUUUUUGCAAACUUUUUUUUAUCUUCAAAGUGCUCAUUUUGUCGAUGCUUCAGCUUAAAACUAGCUGGUUAUGUGUGCUAAAAGAGUGACAAAGUUUGUGCCUAAGCUUUAGCUAGACAAUGCACAAAUGACUUGGUAGUAUCGUGAAGCACUCAAAAAAUUAGGUUGGCCAGAUAUAGAAAUGCUUUUGAAUUUUUCGAGGACUUUGCUACAAGCAGACUAGAAAUGGUUCCAUAUAUCCAAACAGUUCAUUCUGAGAUCAAACUUUCAUUUAUAAAUGUGGUUGAUAGACUGAGGAAAUUUUUUUUAAACUGUAUACUUAAAUUGCUAGAUAGAAUUGUACAGAUGUAUACAGUAAUAAUGUGUGCACUACUUGCCUUACUUUUGUUUCACCAACUUUAAAUGUCAUAAUAAUAAUAAUAAAAAGGUUGUGCUUGUUUAUCUGUUGGGUCUCUUAUAAAGUAAGUUUUACAAAUGUAUAUGUUCUGUAUAAAUUGGAUUAAAUCAUGGCAAAGGAAAGACAUUGUUGAUGUUACCCUGUAAAGUGUUUGUUCUGUAUUGAAAAUCGGUCGACUGGUGUAGUGGUAUCUUGAUGUUAAAACGGAGGUCAACAUCUGCAAUUUCUUCCUAGGAAGUAAAACAAAUGCAGACUUUUACCAUUUCUCCACAAAUCUGUGUAUAGUAUUUGUUAUUUUCUUUGUCAAUUUGCCAUGUUAGCAGGAUUUUAGUGGUGUUUUAACUGGUAUAGUCAGUAACGACAGAUGUAGUAAUGGGGUAUCUAGAAUUUUAUUUUGUGAUAUAUUGCAUAUGUGCCUUCCAUUUUUUCAUUGCUUUUGAAUGUAGCUGUACAACUUAAUUGGUAAAUUUGUUCAUUUCAUUAGAAACAGAUGACAAAAACAUUUACUGACAUGCACAUCUUAAUGAAUUAUGAUAUCAAAUUGUUUUUAGUGAUGUGAACAAAUGGCUAAUAAAGUUUUUAACUAAAUCCA